GCUGAAAUCCAAGUGUGUGUGUAAAGGAAACUGUGUGAGAAAAAUUUGAGUUUGCUACCAAUUUGGAAAUACCGAAGUUGGGGCUACAAAGUACGGGAGCAUUGCCCAGUGGCCACAGCAUCUGCCCUUUAAACGACUCAUUACGGAAGCUGUUGAGCGGCAAACGCCAGGCGGAGUUCCCGAAAAUUGGCAAUUGAUGCCACUCACGGAAAUCGGCACUCGGCACCCUGCACCCUGCACUCUUCGGUCACAGCGGCCUGCAAUUACAGACAAGCCAGGCCGAAAGGCGACUACACGGACUCCGGCUGGGCAUCGUAUCGAAAAUGUGGCUACCAGGCCGAGAGCAGAGACUAGCAAGAACGGAUAACUAGAUGCAAAUCGUGCGAAUAGCACUCCCUAUUUGUAAUAUAUAUGUAAUACACACGCGCCUGCCCCGCCGACAGUGUACACACAUCAAUAUAUCGGCUUGAUACACACAUACGCAGUUGCAUCAGCAUGUCCGACCGUGAUUCCAAUGCCGAAUCCGACGCUGGUCCUCCCCUGAGUCAGCAGCGCGGGCAGCGGAACCGGCGCAUCAUCAUGCGGAUCGAAUUCAAGGACUCGGAGGAUUCGGCGUCGGAUCAAGACCGGGAUGAUCGCCCCUCCUGCUCCGCGGCGACGCGCCUGAGACGCAGCACCCGUCGACAGGAGGUGGCUUCGGAUUCGGAUUCCGACUCCGUGCCCCGGAAGUCUACGCGAAAGCUGCGCAAUCGCCACGGGCCGCGGAGCGAUUGCUCGUCCAGCGGCAGCGAUAUCGAUCAACGGCCCACGAGAAACGGCAAACGAAAGAAGGUAGAGUCCUCCGAUGAGGAGGAGCCCGAGGGGACGCCCAACGCGGUUGAAAGAAUCCAACCCACGCCCGCUGACCCCGACGACGGCUUCAGUUCCGACAUCAGCAGUAACGAUCUGCUGGAGAAGUGCCCCAUUUGCUUACUCACUUUCCGGCAGCAGGAGAUUGGCACGCCAGCAACAUGCGAGCACAUAUUCUGCGCGGCUUGCAUCGACGCCUGGUCCCGAAAUGUCCAAACUUGUCCUAUUGAUCGCAUUGAAUUCGACCGGAUUAUCGUGCGGGACUCUUACGCUAGUCGCCGGGUGGUGAGAGAAGUGAGGUUGGAUCUGAGUAAGUCCAAUACCGAAUUGGUCUUAGAUGACGAGGCAGGUACCGCUGAGGAGGUCACCAACUGCGAAAUCUGCGAAUGUCCGGAUCGGGAGGAUGUAAUGUUGUUGUGCGACAGCUGCAAUCAGGGAUACCACAUGGACUGCCUAGACCCGCCGCUGUACGAGAUCCCAGCUGGCUCGUGGUAUUGCGACAACUGUAUUGACUCCGACGACGAGGAUGAUAAUGAGCAGCUGGAGCUGGCAGACGACUUGAAUCAGCUAUACGAGGAUAUUAGAGGUAUGGGCUUGCCGGAGACUCGUCUCAGGGUACGUGAGGUGCAGGAACCGCCAAGAAUCCUGCGCACCCGUCAAAACGAACGCAUUAGGGCCGCUGUACUGCGACGCACUCGCUCGGGCGCUACGUCGACGGAAGAUUCCACACUGACCCGGACUCGUACCCGCACCACCACCACUACCACAACCACUACUACAACUACUCGGCGCACAACCACAAGCACGAAAAAAAAACCUGUUCAGCGGCGGCGGCGGAGAAGGACUCGCUAUCGCACCUACGUGGUCGAGUACGAUCUGAACAACUUUGACGAAAAGUUCGCCCUUAAAACCAGCAAGAAAGUGAUAAGACGGCGUAGGCGUCGGCGUCGUCGUGGGGCCGCCACUGCCUCUAGUGAGGGGCCUGGUCGACGUCUUUCAGCCAGCAAGCGACUUGCAGAACAGAUGGGAGUAAAAUCGGAAGGAUUUCAACGUUCUCACCUAAGUGGUGGAACAGCCUCCAGUUUCUCCCUAUUUGGCAAUGCGAACGACCUGGAGUAUUUCUCCGAUAGUGAGCCGGACGCAGUAAGACAGAUCAGUUCUGCUGGACUCGGAUCGACUGCAGUGCAAACCUCAGUGCGCAUUGGUAGCAUUGGAGCACCGCGCAUCCGUAAAGCCUUGCUCCAAGGCAAGGCGCGCAUAGCAGCGCCGCCCUCAGCUCCGUCUUCAGCUCCCACUGCAGACAUACUGUCUAGCAUUUUGGAUCUGCAGGAUCGCUGGCAUGAUGCUUCGCGUAACCUAGGCGAAGUACAUAUUAGGGCGGAUGGUAGCCUCAAUAUUCCCCAGAGACCUGCACCUACAGCGACAGCAGCGCCUGCACCGAAGACAGGUACUUCUAAGACCGAGAAGCAUCUAACCCAGGCACCGCUUUACCAACAGGGAGGAGGCGGACCUAACUACAACAGAGGCGGAGGAGCUGGCUCAAGUGAUAGCUACAACAAUCGUUUCAGCGGCAAUACCAGUUACCGCGGAGGUGGUGGAGGCGGCGCCGGAGGAUCUAGCGGUGGAGGUGGUGUGCCCAGCGGUAGCGGGGGAGCUUCCUCGCGACAAUUGACCGGUGAUGGAGACGGCCAAGCAGGCAGUGGCUUUGGCAACCAAAACAUUAGCAGCUCCGGCUCCAACAACAACACCAAUAUGUCAAGCUUUAUUCCGUUCCAUCUGCGAUUCAACACGCCCACCCGCCAGCAGCAAGCACGACAGCAAAACGUGCUGCCAGCCAACCAACCCACUCCUACUUUCCCUGGAAGUGCGCCGCCUCCAGCCCCAGUAGCGUCGUCAUCAAACAGUUUUUCGGGACAGACUCCAAUGUUCGCACCUCCCCUCAAUCAUCAUCCCGCACCAGUGAUGGGUAUGCCAGUUGUGCUGUCCAUACCACCUCCGCCCAUGCCACCUGCUAGCCUCCCUUGGAACAGUCCUCUCUUCAAGAUAACUCCACUUCAGCAAGCACCGGCCAAGCCCAUCGAUCCAAAUCAAAAUGACGAUGCCGACAACUGCCCGAACUUCUCAAUUUACUCACAGGAGUCGCAGGCGGUUGCUAAUGCCUCGGCAAUGCCGUCAGGGGUUCCACACGGACCAGCGGAUGCAUCUGAUAAGGAUGACGACGAUAUGAAUGAAGAUUUAGUACAAUUAGAUGAUGAUGAUGAGGAUACGGAUAUACCAUUGCCUUUGGGACCUGAGCCCGAACCCGUUCCCGAAAAAGUCAAUGAUGAUGACCUAUACGAGCCGGAGAAUCCAACCGAAGAACCUGAUGAACCCGAAUUGGUCGAAGAGUCCUGUGACGCUGUUCCAACGGAGAAGUCCGAGUCCUCCGAUCACGAGCCAAGCAACACCAACGAGGAAGCUGCACCCCCAGAGGAAAACGAUGCAGAGGAAGCUAGGACGCACAGCACUCCCAGCCCACUGGUCAAAGAGGAUCGCGCUGCGGAUCGAGAUCGGGCCAAGGGAGUACUCGAGCUUUAUGAUGAUAGCGACUGGGAGGAGCUAGACAUUGACAAACCGAAAGAGUUCGAGAAGGCACUGCUUACCGAAACGGAGGCACAAGUCAGCCCUAAGAGAGCUCCGUCUAAGCGACCAGCAUCAAAGAAGGAUACAAGCUUAGAGAAGGAUGUCAACGAAAGCGGUAGCGAGAACGAGCAGGAUCGAUCUUACACGCCCUGCCUGGACGAAAAAAAUUUGGCGGAGGAGGAAGAGGCUGGCACAACACAUCAAAAUAAUCCAAACACGAGUCCCAAAACUCGGUCCUCUAAAGUUUCCGGCGACGAGGAUGAGCCAGAGAAAGCUGCCGGUACGGAUAUUCAGUCAGAGGACGAAUUGAACAAUGAGAACGAGUCAACGCGACGCAGUCGAAGCCGUGGCACGGCUAACAAUAAAAAAGCCAAGUCAAAGUCGCGUUCAAAACGCAACAAGGGCGAGACUUUCAAAAAGGUCGGCAAGCGACAAAAGGAUCGCAAUUAUCGUGGGGACAAGCUGGAGCCAGAUGGGAGCCCGCGUCCAGACUCCAGGAGUCUCACUCCAAAGAUCCUUUCUAAGAGCCCGAGAGUCAGCAAGAGCAUUAGUCGCAGUAGGAGUGGAAGCAGGAGCAGAUGUAAGAGCAAGAGUAUUAGCAGAAGCAGGAGCAGAAGUCGUUCCCCAAGUCGCAGUAGGAACAGGCGUCGACGUAACAGCCUCUCCAAGUCCUACUCCCGCUCUCAUUCUAGGUCUCGAUCGCGUUCGAAUUCGCACAGCCGCCAGAGAUUUUCCUAUCGCGGAAGGGACCAACAGCGCGGCUUUUUCCGUGGCCGCGGAGGCCUGCGUUUUAACAACCGCAACCAACAGUUCCACAACAGGCCGUUCCAGCAUUACGGACAAAAUUAUCACCAGAACCAAAACUACCAGCAUCAGCAUAAUCAGCACCAAAAUUACUUUCACUACAACCAGCAUGGCCAGCAUCAGCAGUACUUUCAACGUCCCAAACGAAGGGAACUACCUCGCUAUGAUGUUAGAAAUGUGGUGGGCACAUCAAGACAUCAGCCACAGACCAAGGAUCGCUAUGGACGCGACGCAGUGCGGUCGCACAGAAGUCGUUCGGGAAGGCGAAACUCACGCAGUUUCUCACGUAGCCUUUCUCGUGACUCCCAGGGCUCCCCGCGCUCCCGAUCUGGUUCGGCCAAGCGACGCAGCUUUAGCAUGUCGCCAACGCCACCGCCAGGAACUUCACCUCCUCCACAUAAACAUGGUAGGGGCCGUCGAACCUCUACGAACAGACGCUAUGCCCGCUCACCCUCACCGGUACCGACUCCCCGCAAUGAAAGGGAGAGUAGUCCAGUUCAAUCAGUACACUCCAGAGGAUCGCGCUCGCACACUCCCAACCGCAUCAACGGAGAUGGUAAUAGAUCACCCCUAUAUAUGGGCUCGCCAAACUACACACCACGGAUAAGUCGCAGCCGGAGCAGAAGUCGUUCCAAGAGUCCCAAGGAUCUGCACAAGAAGAAAAAAAAGAAGUCCGAUAAGAAGAAAAGGAGGAAGAGGACGGGCAGCAGCAGUCCGACAACAGCAGCGCGGAUGCGUCGCAUUUCGCGGCAACGUGAUCCCUUCGAGGAUGCUGACGACUUCCUUGCUCCCCAGAGAAAACGAAAGAAGGUAGGAAUGACGACUGGUCAGUGGUCACCAUCGCCAUCACCCGAUCGCUGCGAUUUCCUCCACGACAGCGCCCUCCAGGACAAAAACUCGUCUUGGACGCCUCCGCUUGGAACGCCCAAGGGAUCAGGCGGCCAUUAUAAUAACGAUGGCGGGCUAACACCCAAAAAAUCCAAGCGCAAGCGGGACAAGAGCAAAAAGAAAAGGAAACAGCAUCAGCUGGAGAAGCCACGCAAAGAAAAGAAACGUAAACGUCGUACCCAGACACCAGAACCUCUGCCAUCGAAGGAAGUAUUUGCUUCGGGCAACAAUAUUCUGGUUAGCGUAAGCUUCAACAAAGAGUCGAACACAAACAAUGCUAGCGCCACGCUGGGCUCCCAGCAGCCGUCUGUAGUAACAAUCCCAUCCGGCAGGGAGGAUCUCUUGAGCAAUCGCAUGACGUCCAUGGCGUCAAUGGCCUCCAAUAGCAACAUUUGCAGUGCUGUGGGAGCAGUAAAGAAGACAAAGCGCAAGCGUAAAAAGUUGGAGGCUAAGCCGGUGGCUAUCAUCGAUCUGGAACGCUCGCCCUUCCAAGUUCAUCAGGAGCCGGCAGAUGUCAUUGUGCUCACAGACAGCGAGGAUGCGACAGAGCCACUCUCAUCGAGAAGGGAGAGGGAGCGCGACAGGGAUCACGAUCUUAUGAGGGAAAAUGGGCAAAGAGAGAAGACUCCCCAGGUCGGAUCCUUGGACGCAAUCAUGGAGACCUCGUAUGAGAACAUGACGCAGUCAACGGGUCCUAAGACACCACCUGAACCGCCUCUCGUCAAGUUCAACCUGCCUACCAAAAAGAUGCAGCACAAGGUGCGCAACAACCCUCUUCACGAAGACGUUGACGAUAUUAAUUCUGCGGAUGAGCUGGAGGCAUCAUGUUCUAUGGCACCUGCGGAGCAGACUCCCCAGCACGGCCAUGCCAGUCACGAUGGCGGUCAGAAGAUUGGCCCUAAUACCCCGCCAGAGUCGGGACCGUGCUCGCCAGAUGCCUAUGAUCCCUUCGAGCCCACCAAGUCGCCCUCACUUUCGCCGCGUUCGCCGACACCAACUCCGAGCCAAAACCUAGAGCAGCAAACAGCUAGCAUGCCGGCGAGUGGCGCAAUCGGAUCCGGAUCUGGUGACAAGGGAGAGAGUGAUGGCGCCCAUGUAACCGGGUCGAAUGCGAGCACCAACACUCAGGCACAGGGGAACGCCCUUAAUCCGGUUGAUCUGGUGAUGGCGCUGAUGAACAAACCGAACCAGAGCGGGUCCAUUCAGCAAGAGAGUGAGGUGAGCUCCGCCCAGUACAUCAGCAGCAGUUCCGUCAGCACGGGCGGCGGCGGAGGAGGUGCCGGCGGAGGCGACAACCAUGACAAGACAGCCGAUGGGAAGACCAUAACCGUUCUCUCUAAUGUGCUGCUCACGAGCAGCAGUGUGGUGUCAAGUUCGCAGCACAUACCUUCAAUUUCCAGUCCCACGCCUCCUUCAAAGAAACUCACUCCUUUGCCCAAGGCCGGAGGCAGUGUGGCCAGCAGCAGCAGUGGCGUCGGCAACAUGCCCACCACGAGUAGCGGAAUAGGUGGCCCCCGAAACGGAAGCGGCCUCGGAAAUGCCGGAGGAUCGAGCAACGCUUUAGACGACUCCUUCAGCAUGGAAAUCGAGAGUCCUUACUCGCCGGGCUCGGCGGACUACGAAGAUCUGUUCGAGCCGCCCAUUCCAAUGGAAGCCAGCAGGCGAGCGAAGGGUGGAGCAACCGGAGGCAAGGUAGAAAUUUUCGACAACCUGUUCGGAAGCAGUUCGCCCAUUAGCAACAUCCGGAUGACUUCCCGGUACAACACAGCGGUGGGCAAAAAGGCGAAUCGCACCAAGGCCGACCGAAAAUCAAAAGUAAAAGGUGCAAGGAAUCCUGAUUUUUAUGACGACGUGCCGAACUCGGCGACAGAUCUACAAAAUAAGGAUAGACUUUUACGGAAACUAAAUCGGCAGGAACGCGUCGUUGAGGAGGUGAAACUGGUGUUGAAACCGUACUUUAACAAGAAAGCGAUUACCAAGGAUGACUACAAGGACAUUAUGCGGAGAGCCGUGCCAAAGAUCUGCCACAGUCGGUCUGGUGAGAUCAAUCCGCACAAGAUUAAGAAUCUUAUUGACGCCUAUGUGAAGAAAUUCCGGGCCAAGCACAAGAAGUUGAGUCUCCUUAACACAGGACAAGUUAGCAGUGCGGUUAAGUGUGCCGCCUAUUUGAAGAAACUGUAAGCGAGCAAGCGAUCGCAUAGUAUCAGACACGUUGAGUAGGAAGAUCAAUAGAAUUUGCGGUCGCAUGCAUUCCUACAAUCUACCAUCAGAUGAAACCAACAAUAUUCACCAGCCACCAACGCAAAACUAUGGGAAAAUAAAAGAAAAACUCAUAAACUGUCAUUAACUAUUGGAAUUUAGUUGUUAAGUCAAUUUUAGGUCACACGAUUACGAAUGAUUUUAGGACGUAAGCAAAAAAUGCAGAAGUGAAUAUUUUUAAAUAACACGCAAAAGCAGGUUCACCACCCCAUUUUCGGUUACCCAAAGCACUGCAAAACUCUUUAUUUAUAUCAAGACUAGUUCAUUAGAUUGUUAAUUUGUACGACACCUGUAAUGAUAAUAUUAUAAUUGUUUCGCAUGAGCGCACUAACCAAUUGUAAGUAGUUAAGCGAAGGCAAACCCAAUUCGUAUUUUACCUCUGAUAAUUUAAACAUUUAAAUUAAACACAUUUGCGAAAAAUGAUUGAUAGCCACGACAAAUUGGCUUGCACCAAAUAAGGCGGUCAAAUAUUUUUCUUGAACGAAUUGUAAUUGAACAAUUGUAAUUAUGUAUUCAUACGAAUAACUGCAAGGGCAGUUUAGCUCAUGCAGUUCAUCUAUUAGGCACUUGAUUUCGCAUAGUCGUCUGUCAGUCAUACCUUUUUGCAACACAAUUGAUAACAGUAUAUAUACAUCUGGAAAUUGUGCUAAAUCGAUUUGUAAAUAUCCAUAUAAAUAAAAGCGAUCAAUAACUAA